AUGGAUAACCAAUCGCCUCCCCGCCUCUCUCUUUCACCAUCGACCUCGAAGCUUACUCCUUCGACUGGUGCCAACGCGUCGGCGUCGCCUUCUCGGACCCUUCGACCAUCAGCGUCUGCGGGAAAUCUGUCGACACCUAGUGUGCCACCGUGCAUUCCACCCGUAGCCGAUUCUCAGCCUUCAUCCCAAACUCAACCAGAUGAAAUCGAGAAUAAGCCACCCGUUCCAACAGAGAAUGCUCUACCUACAUUUCUAGAUACCGACUUCUGGUUGGACUUCAGCUGGGAAGGCUCAAAUGAAUGGCCUUCGCAGAAUGACAAACAAUCAACUAACCAAGGCGAAGCAGUUCAGCCACCUGAGGGGGACCUUUCUGCGAUUCUCGAUUCGAUCUUCUCUAGUGCAGACCUCCUUGACGAACAAGCUGCUUCAUGCGAGACACCUGCUGCGAAUGUGGACGCUUGCCCCACGUCAGACGAGUUGUUUGGACUUCAAGAAACACCUACUGCAGAAGAAGCCUCGUGGAUCCCAUCGCCUGUUCCUGAAGCUCAGGAAUCGGAGAAAAGGGCAGGAAAGAGAAGGAUGGUCGAUGAUGAGAAGUCUCCAACCCAUGAACCGAGCCCAGUCUUGGAAUGGCCAGAAGAGACUCCGUUAUUGGAGAGGGGCGAUGAAGAACUGUUUUGGCUUAUGAAGGCUUGUGGAGGUGAUCCACUUGAAGGAAUUGCCUUCAGUGAAGAACCACAGGCACUCAUUGAACGGGCCCCUUUCCCUGGCCCACACACUCCAGAACCCCCGACGGCAUUAGAUGAUACUCCAGCCAUCGUCCCUCCAGUCCCUCCAGUCAAACAGUCUCGCAAUCACAAGAGCUCGAACAAGAGGAAGCUCGACGCUGCUGGGCUCUCUACUGCACAUCCUACGGCCUCGAGAAAGCAUAUGGGUGGCUUCGACGAGCGACUACGUCUUGACCCACGUAUCCCACAGGAUCGGCCGGAGGUCAUAGAUCCAAAAAAUCGAACAACCAUUAGGAGGCAUAAGCGAGAUGUGUUUAUCAACUCUGUCGGGAACCAGGGUUCCUAUACGGUGCCGAAGGGGAAGUGUAAGAGAAGCUCAAAAAAAGUAUGUAAGGCGCCUACUCAGCUGACAGAGACGAUGCCAAUUUCUUUGCCAACCGUGCCUCCCAUCCCUCAACUGCCAUCGAGCUCGACGCCUCCUGCGCCUGUGAACCUUUCCCAGCCUGCGGUUUCUUUGCAACAGACGCUCCGGGAAGGAUCUUUUUCUACUCGGGAUUCCGCUCAGAACGGCACACCACCAGCGGACGGCGCGGAAGAAGAGGAUGACGACGACAUCUAUACGAACUAUCCACUGUAA